GUCUUUAUAUUAAGACUUAGGUCAGAAUUAGAGGAAAUUAUUUGGUUUUGAGACAGCGAAUAAUCAAUUUUUGAAGACGCUGUCACGCGAGAUACAACGCAUUCUUCCUUUUCCCUACUCGUGUGGCCGACAUGAAAGUUAAGGGCGAGCUUAAAGAAUACAAGGUGGUGGGUCGGGGCCUACCCAGCCCAAAAAAUCGAGUCCCCACUCUUUAUCAGAUGCGCAUCUUCGCUCCUGAUCAGGCUUCAGCCAAGUCUAGGUUCUGGUAUUUCCUAAGUCAGCUGAGAAAACUGAAAAAGGCAACUGGAGAGAUUGUCCUGUGCAGCAGGGUAUACGAGAAGAAGCCACUUAAGGUUAAAAACUUUGGCAUAUGGCUUCGCUACAACUCCCGCUCAGGAACACACAACAUGUACCGCGAGUACAGGGACCUCACUGCUGCUAAGGCUGUUACCCAGUGCUAUACCGACAUGGGAGCUCGCCACAGAGCACGUGCAUCUUCUAUCCACAUUAUAAGAGUGGAGGAAAUUGCAGCUGCCAAGUGCCGCCGACCUAACAUCACACAGUUCCAUAACAGCAAGAUCAAGUUCCCUCUGACCCACAGGGUGAACAGACACCUCCAUGCCCCUCGUUUCUGUACAAGCCGCCCGCACACUACUUUCUAAUAUUGUGUAUUGGUUUGUGCAUUACAGACAUUUCAAUAAAGAUGAAAGGGGUGAAAU